GGUGUUCGAUUCUACAGCUUCCGGCGGGUGCCGGAUGCCAUGGUCUUCAAGAACAUGUACCGGGCCCGCAUGGACAGUCUGAGGGCCGACAGCGCCACGGCCGAUCGUAUGGUGCAGGAGGCAAACUACGCCUUCUUCUUGAACACGCGGAUUUUUCAGGAGUUGGACUCCCUGGCCGGCUUCGAGGCAGAGCCGGUGCCGCCCCCGGCGCCCGCGCCGGCGGCCGCGGCGGCCGCUGAAAAGGCGGCGGCGGCGGGGUGCCCCUUCGCGAGCCUUGCAGCGGCAGGCCUCGAGAUGCCUGAGGGCCAUCCUGCCCCGAAGGCCGACACGCCGCGGGAGAUCGAUGACGCGGAGCCCGAGGUUACGGUGGGUAGCAGCCACUGGCGGCGCCAGAUCCUGUGCGCUGUUGCCAUCGUGGGGCUUUGCGUCACCCUGCGCGCCUACCGCUGAGCAGUGGGCAUUUGGGGGCCUAACCACGUGGUGUCACCCUGGGUGGGUUCCUC